UCCCCAGUUCCGAGCAUUGUUGCCCACUCACCACUUGCCAUCUUCAAACCUCGCCAAAAAACAAACUCCAACGACGGACCUGCGCCCACUUGUCGCGAAGAACCACCCACGAGACGUCUAGAUACCCCCCUCCUUCACAAACCACCACCAGUCACAAUGUCCGGCAUCAAAGGACCUACCCCGCAAGAGCACGAAGGCAGCGCCCUGCGCGUCGGUAUCGUACACGCCCGCUGGAACUCGUCAAUCAUCGAACCCUUGGUCAAGGGCGCCAAGGAGAAGCUCCUUACGUGCGGCGUCAAGGAGUCCAACAUUGUCAUCCAGUCCGUCCCGGGAGCUUGGGAGCUCCCCAUCUCCGUCCAGAGACUCUACCAAGCCUCCCAAGUCCAAUCUGCACAAUCCGGCACCGGCACCUCGGCCGGCGACCUCCUCGGCUCCUCAACCACGGACCUGACCUCCCUCCCCACCGAGACCGCCGGCCAGCCCUUUGACGCCAUCAUCGCCGUCGGCGUCCUCAUCAAGGGCGAGACCAUGCACUUUGAGUACAUUGCCGACGCCGUCUCUCACGGCCUGAUGCGCGUGGGCCUCGACACGGGCGUCCCCGUCAUCUUUGGCGUCCUGACCGUCCUCAACGACGAGCAAGCCCAGGCCCGCGCCGGGCUCACUGCAGGCGGUCACAACCACGGCGAGGACUGGGGCCUGGCUGCCGUCGAGCUCGGUGUCAAGCGCAAGGCUUGGGCCGCGGGCAAGAUCGAGUAG